AUGGAACAACUAGUCAGAAAAGGGCGAGAUGGAAUUCUUCUACAAUUGUUCUCUAUAAAUGCCUCACAACCAAAGCAACUUGAAUCAAUAAUCCCUCGUGAGGUACAACCACUCCUGCAAAAAUACCAUGAAGUGAUUGUUGUUCCAAAAGGGCUUCCGCCAACAUGCUCUCACGACCAUCGAAUCCCAUUAAUUCCUGGAAAAGGACCUGUGUCUGUGCGCCCUUACAAAUACCCUCAUUUCCAAAAAUCUGAAAUAGAGCGGCUGGUAAAUGAGUUAUUAGCAUCGGGAGUUAUUCGUGUCAGCAAUAGUCCUUACUCUUCGCCAGUUCUCUUAGUGAAGAAACAUGACGGUUCAUGGCGUAUGUGCAUAGACCAUCGUGAGUUAAAUAAAAUUACAAUCAAGGAUAAAUUCCCCAUUCCUUUUAUUGAUGAGCUGUUAGAUGAUUUGCAUGGUGCGAAGCCUGAAAAAUGUGCAUUUGGCCAAACAGAGGUUAAGUACCUUGGUCAUGUAAUUUUCCAUGAAGGUGUGGCGGUUGAUCCAGAAAAGAUAUCAGCAAUGGUGGACUGGCCAAAGCCAAAAAAUGUCAAAGCUCUUCGAGGAUUCUUGGGAGUUACUGGAAAAGAUAAUGUUGUAGCAGAUGCUCUUUCUCGGAGGGAGGAAGGUAUGCAAGGAGAAGUUUUGGCGCUUUUUCUACCAAUACCGAACUGGACAACAACACUCAAAGAGGAAAUUGAGAGUAACUCUACACUCCAACAAAUAUUGAAGAAUAUUAGUAAAGGAGAAGCAAUGGGGCCUUGGAAGCUUCAUAAUGGACUCAUUUUCUUCAAAGAUAGGAGUUAUCUUGCUAAAGAUUCUUCCGUAAUUGAGGAGAUAAUUAAUCAAUUUCAUGGAAGCACUCAUGAGGGUGUUCAGAAAACUCUUCAUAGAAUCCAAUCUACUUUUUAUUGGCAAGGGAUGAGAAAGCAUAUCAAAGAGCACAUUAGAAGCUGUGAAGUUUGCUAG